CCUUUGAGUUGUACAACCUUGCUCUAUAAUUUCGAAGUUGUGUCUCAACUUGGCGAUUGAACAAGGAUUUCAUUUUGAAAUCGGCUGUAAGUUUGAUCGCCAAGAGAAGUGAAAGGGCCUUUUUGAACGAUUCAAAGCUUUCUUGGGACUCGGUUUAAGGAUCUCACAAUGAAAAUAUACGUUUUGUUUAUUGUUGUUUUCUGCUUGCAGUGCUUGGCAAUACUAACGAAGGCAAAUAAUUCAACGGGUUAUAUCCGUAAAGAGGGCUACUGUAUGUGGUAUGGGCAGUGUGGAACCAAUCCUCAGACGCACCAACCUAUAAAUUGUUUUUACAAUGGCCCUGCGAAACCAGUUGAUGGCAAGGCAUCGUUUGGAAUCUUAGCCCAGUUAUGCCCAGAAUACUCACACAAAGAUAGCAAAGUCUGUUGUUCCUACGAUCAACUUGCAAGCCUCCAAUCUGGUAUGAAAACCGCACAGCAAAUGAUGGCUCGUUGUCCAAGUUGUUGGAGGAAUUUUCGCGAACUGUACUGCAGCAUGACUUGCAGUCCUAACAAUUCGUUGUUUAUAACUGCCACUGAUUUUACCACUACGAAUUCCGGGCCGCGCGCCAUAAAGACCAUCAAUUUCACUGUCGCCGAAACAUUCAGGGAUGGUCUAUACAACUCCUGUAAGAAUGUCAUUUUUCCAAGCAGUAACCAGAAGAUUAUGAACUUCAUGUGUGGUACUUCAGCUGACAAAUGCAACCCAUUGAAAUUUCUGAGGUUCAUGGGUAAUCCCAACCUAAAUGGUGUGUCCCCAUUUAUGAUUAACUAUCCAACUAUCGUAAACAAAGGUAUCGUCCCAAUGUCUGCUGACAUCCACUUAUGCAAUGAGACAGUAUUCGAACCCUUCACAAAUUCAAACCGAUCGCAUUGUAGUUGUCAGGACUGUGUGGAAUCGUGUCCUGUCAUACCUCACUAUGUACCACCAAAGCACUGGCAUUUGGAUAUUGGUGAUAUUCACUUCAAUGUUAUAAGCUUUGCCACCUUGUUAGUGUACCUGGCCUUCCUGGUGGUUUUCAUAGCAGGAAGUAUACUUUAUUAUAGUCUUUCAAGCAGUCGUCACCCCUUCCAGACCCAUGAACAUCCGAGAGCCAUCAUCGGUGGUCGUCAAGGUGUCCUCGAGAAACUCGGCAAGAGAUUCGAUGAGACAAUAAAAAAUAUUUUCACAAAAUGGGGCUAUAUUUGCUGUGAAUACUCAAUUAUUGUAAUAAUAGGUGCUGUUGUCUUUGUCAUCAUUUGUUCAAUUGGGUUAACAAAGUUUACGGUUGUGACGGACCCAGUAAAAUUAUGGUCAGCACCUGGUAGCCAAGCGAGGCAAGAAAAGGAUAUAUUCGACACGCAAUUUCAACCAUUCUUUCGAACCGCCCAGAUUAUAUUUUCUCUCAAGUCCGACAGCAAAUACCGCAAUAAAAGCACUAGUUGUUAUACGAAUUACUUUUCGAAAAAGGGUGAUUGCAUUCUAACUGGGGAGAUAUUACAUCUUGAAAUACUUCACAAGGUUCUGAAGGUGCAAACGCAUUUAGUAGAUAUGGUGGUAGAAUAUGGUUCUGGGAACAUCACACUUCAAGAUAUAUGCAAGAAACCAAUGGCGCCGCAGAACAAUAACUGUACUGUGUUGAGCGCACUGCAGUAUUGGCAAAAUGAUGCUAAGAAAUUAAACAAAUGUAUUGAUGCUUUCGGUGACCCAUGUACACCUGAUAGCUUCUCGUCGACUAGGGCUGCCAGCUGGGGUGAUCAUUUACAAAAAUGCUUCAAUAAUCCAUCAGCAUCGAAUGAUACAACAGUACUUGGCCUACCUUGCACCAGCUUAUUUGGUGGGCCUGUCGCACCAAGUAUUGCUUUUGGCGGUUAUGAAGGAAAGAACUACAGCGAUGCUAAUGUACUAGUGGUAACCAUAGUGAUAAACAAUCAUAAAGAUGAGUCGAAAAACGAGAAGGCGAAAGCCUGGGAGAAGGAAUUCCUUACUUACAUGAAGAAUUACGAUGAUGAGGAUUUAAAGGUGGCCUUCAUGGCACAACGUUCAAUAGAAGAUGAGAUUGAGAGAGAAAGUCACGCAGAUAUAUACACAAUCGUUGUCAGUUACUUGAUCAUGUUUCUAUACAUUACCUUUGCUUUGGGGCAAGUAAACCAGUGUGAUCGAUUCAUGAUUGAUUCCAAAUUCAGUCUGGCAUUUGGAGGCAUCAUGAUAGUGCUUAGCUCUGUCCUGUGUUCAUUGGGAAUCUUCAGCUUCGCAAACAAACCAGCAACAUUGAUUAUCAUUGAAGUUGUGCCGUUCCUUGUCCUGGCUGUCGGUGUUGACAACAUAUUCAUUCUCGUGCAGAAUUACCAGCGCGACAUUCGUCACCCCAGCGAAAGUGUUUCAAGUCAGAUUGGUCGAGUGCUUGGCGAUGUUGCCCCAAGUAUGUUGCUGACGUCUACAUCUGAAGCUGUGGCUUUUGCAUUUGGUGCGCUAUCUAACAUGCCAGCCGUCAAAGUAUUCUCGUUGUAUGCAUCUGUUGCUGUCUUUGUCAACUUUCUCCUGCAAAUUACAUGCUUUGUUGCGUUGCUGUCCAUUGAUGUCAAACGACAAAGGGAGGAGCGUUACGAUAUAAUCUGUUGCUUCCAGAAUUUGAAACUUCCUAAACGGAAGCACUCUCCUAGUCUUCUGUACCAGUUCUUUGACAAUCUGCUCUCGCCGGCGUUACUGUCGAAGUUUGUGAGACCUGCUGUGAUAUUGUUCUUCACCACCCUCCUGGCUCUCAGUAUUAUGGUCAUCCCAAGCAUUGAGGUCGGCCUGGAUCAAUCACUUUCCAUGCCCAAGGAUUCCUACAUGAUAACGUAUUUUAAAAAGCAAGCUUCGAGUUUGAAAGUGGGGUCUCCUGUGUACUUCGUUGUCAACAACCCAAAGUAUCCCUAUCAUCUCCGCACGUGGCAAAACAAAAUCUGCGGCGGGGCAGGAUGUGACUCGGAUUCUCUCAUCCAAGUCGCUUACGAUGCUUACAGAUUAUCAGAACACACUAAAAUUGGCAUGGCGUUGUCAUCUUGGCUCGACGAUUACUUCAGUUGGGCAGAUCCUGCUGCAAAAUGUUGUCGUAUGUUGAACUACACCAUGAAUACAACAUCUCAUGAGAAGAUACCACCUAAAGAAAAGGGCACAUUUUGCAAUGCUUCAUUGACAGAGAGUCGUUAUCAUUGUUACUUGUGCUUGCGAAAGAAACAACUUGGUCAACGUCCAGAUGAGCUGCAGUUUUCGCAAUUUCUGCCCUACUUUCUUAAAGAUAAUCCAGAGAUCAACUGUACCAAAGGCGGCCACGCUGCCUAUUCUGAAGAAGUAAUUCUGCGGCCAUCGGGUUUUACACCGUCUAACAGGAAUAAGAUGCAUUAUUCAAUGCAAAGUCCAACCGAAAAUGCGAAGUCCGACCGAAAUAUUAGCAUUGUGAAAAUCUCGCGUUUCAUGGGUUACCACACGAUUUUGAAGACUUCUGCUGACUUUAUUGAUGCUUUGAAAAAUGCCCGAGAGUUGGCCGAGAAAAUGUCCGCGAAGACGGAAAGUCACGUUUUCGCCUACAGUAUAUUUUAUGUGUAUUAUGAGCAGUAUCUCACGAUAGUUCGAGACUCUUGGGUAAACCUUGUGGUUUGUUUAGCAUCAAUCUUCGCCAUGACCUUCUUGCUGAUGGGAUUCCAAGUUAUUAUUGCGUUUCUUGUAACACUGACUGUCGCAAUGAUCAUCACAGACAUCAUGGGUUUAAUGUACUUGUGGAGUGUACCUCUUAAUGCGAUAUCGCUUGUAAAUCUUGUAAUGGCCGUUGGCAUAUCUGUCGAGUUCUGCUCCCAUAUUGCAAGACACUUCACCAUGACCGCCGGCAAGGACAAAAUAGAAAGGGCCAGGCUGGCUCUAGCACAUAUGGGAAGCUCCGUUUUUAGUGGAAUCACGUUAACGAAAUUUGGCGGGAUUCUUGUUUUGGCGUUUUCGGAAUCGCAAAUCUUCGAGGUCUUCUAUUUUCGCAUGUAUUUGGGUAUUGUGUUGUUUGGGGCCAGCCACGGGUUGGUCUUUCUGCCCGUGUUGCUUAGCUACAUUGGUCCAAAAUGUCGUCAAGAUGCCAUUACGUCACAGGACGGCAUCCAAGAACCCAUCCCAGGCAUCCAGUCCGAGUACGAUCCCUUGAUACAAGGUUCCAAUUCAGACAGCUCAGCUGGUUCCAUCAACGGUUUGGGCUAUGGGGCGGCUCGUCAUGUUGCGACGUAGAACAAAUAUAGCUUUAUUUUUUAUCUUCUUGUUUGACGCUUUGAAGAUUUCCAAAUGAGUUUAUAUGCAGAAGGUUUUAUAGGUUACAUGAAGUAUUAAUUAAUUUCUGUUUAGGAAACUCUGGUUCAAUCUGAUGGCGCGACUUUACGCUUGCAACUUUUGGGGAUUUUCUCCUUUUGGUCUAUGCGAAUGAGGGAAAUGUUUGAUUGCUCUGAUGUACAGUCACCGCUUAUUUUAGCUUUACUGACUUUCCCACUCGUUCACAUGCGUCAAAAGAAGAAAUUUCCUUAACAUUUUGACUUUGCGAUUUUUAAAGUUUUCUGAUUUGAGAAAUACGGGGCAAUCAAGAUACUGGUUUGAUUUUCAAAAAUUCAUGCAAUAUUUUUUGUCUUAUGGUGUCUUAAUGUGUUAUUACCUUUCUAAGCUGCAUAGCAAAGUCAUGAAUUUGUCUUUAACGCAAGCACGACAUAUAGAAAAUAACAUUUUAUUGCUAAAGAAUAUUAUUAUAGGAUUACAGAUGCCGGAGACGGCCUUAUUCUUUCCAAAGUAUGGUUUUUUAUUUGGAAAGAUUAUUUAUUUAGAUACAGUAAUAGGUUUUCCAGGAUUGAAAGGAAAUAUGGUGAAAUCUGAUAAAAAUAAAAGUACUCCUUCUAAA